AUGGCGAUACAGACCGACGCCGGCACUGCACAGCCAGGCUUCCCUCGUCUGACCCGAGCUGAUGUGCUCCAGUGCCAAUUCUCAGCUUGGUACCCCGACUUCAGACGACUAUCACCCAAAGCGACAGUCGUGCGCCUGCCUGAAGACUUUCGACGCUGGCUAGAGUCAGACGGCCUGAUCCUCCCCGAGGGAUCGGGCGAUAUCGAGGAUGACGACAGCGACAGUGAAGCCGCAGAUGCGUCGGACACACGCUCAAAUGAUCAGCAUACCUCGAGUGCGAGGCGCGACCUUGAAGAGGCAGAUGAGGACAUUGAGGAGGUGUAUAGCUUCCCUCAAGUCGAUACUCAGCUGCGCGCCAUCAUCGACAAGUACGAUGGCCUCGUCUUCCCCAAGCUCAAUUGGUCAAGCCCAAAAGACGCGGCAUGGAUCUUGCCCGGCAAACCACUCGCCUGUAGUACACCGGCAGAUAUCUACUUGCUACUCAAAUCGUCAGACUUUAUUGCUCAUGACCUUGAUUAUCCUUUCGAGCACUGCUUCGAUGAGCACGAUCACGCAUCGACCCCUCUGCCGCCGCCGCCGCCGCCGCUUGAAUUGGUCCUGAAGCAAUGGUUUGAGAUGCCGCACUCGCAAGAAUUCCGCUGCUUUGUCUCGUAUCGCAAGCUGCAAGGAAUUUGCCAGCGCGACCACAAUCACUUCGACUUUCUGGAUGAUGCCGCACUCCAAGAUGAGAUCAAGCUCAAGAUAGCAGGCUUCAUCGAAGAGCAAGUCUUACUAAGAUUUCCGCUGGCUCAUUUCGUCUGCGAUGUCUAUCUCACACGAGACCGUUCUCGUGUCUUCGUGGUCGACCUCAAUCCCUACGGUCCUCAAACAGACGCCCUCUUGUUCAGCUGGGAGGAGCUGAAUCGCCGUGCAUUCGCAUCGGCCACCGCUGCGCUCGCCCCAGCUCAAACGAACGUGGAACUGAGACUUGUUGAUUCUGCGCUCUCGCGUAGCGCAGCAAUGCCCUCUUACAGCAUGAAUCGAUAUCCCAUCGAGGUCGUCGGACUCAGCGAGGGCAAGAGCAUAGCAGAAUUUGCUCAAAAGUUCAACUCUGCUCUCCAAGAGGCCACAGAUCACACAGAGGCAUCAACAUGA